GAUUCUAAAUCCUCCCAAACUGAACAGGCUAGGGCCAUCCAAUUUCACCAUUUCUCAAGUUUCCCUGUGACUGUGGCGAUGGGCCGCCGCCGCCGCCGCAAGGAUCCCAGGACGGAGAGGGAGUCGGCCGCGCAUGGAGUCCCCGACGAGGUGCUGGAGCUAGUGUUCUUUCGACUCGCAUCGCUUCUCCAUCUCGUCCGUGCCGCGGGCACGUGCAAGCGCUGGCGGCGCGUCAUCGCGGACAGCGGCUUCCUCCGCCGGUUCCGCUCCCUCCACGCGGCGAGCCUGGUCGCGGGCCACUACCGCGUCGACGAGCGCGUCGCGCAUCCGCGUCCGCCUGGCCGCAACCCCGUGUUCGUCCCCUCCCCCUCCACCUCCCUCGACGCGCGGCGCUUCUCCCUCGAUUUCCUCCCGCGCACCAACCAGCGCAGGUACUGGGAGCUCGCGGACAGCCGGGGCGGCCUCCUCCUCUUCGUCAACGGCCCCACCGCGUCCGACGAGGCGGCGGCGUGCCCGCGCCCCAGCCUCGUCGUCUGCGAGCCCCUCACGCGAACCUACCGGGUGAUCCCUCCUUCCGCGUGGUCCCACGGCUGCGAGAGCUUCGGCGCCUUCCUCCUCGACGGCGACGCCGACGACGCCGGCGGGUGCAUCAGCCUCUCCAACUUCAGGCUGGUGCGCGCGCUCUACUGCUCUGGCGUCGCCAGAGCCUGCGUGUUCUCGUCGCAAGACGGCGGCCGCUGGACCUCCCCGGCGUCUGGAACGGCGAUCUGCGGCGACGACUACUGGAGCGCUUUUGACGUGUACGACUUCGCCUUCGCGGGGAGCGACGGCCGGUAUGCCUACUGGAGGAUGGGGCCGGGGCCAUUCGGCCAUGGCGCCCGUGAUCUUGUUCUCGACAAGGACGCCGCUGAGUUCUCGUGCUGUAUACAUUCAGAGAACAUGCACGUCGAUCUGCAGACAGAAUUCGUAUACCAGCUCGCGUGGCCGCCUGCAAUCCGAGUAACCUUGUAGAAGGACAUGUUGAUCCAGUUUCUCCAGGUUUAAUUCCAACUAGCAAGGUGAGGCGCGGCGGCACGCCGCGCGUUGCUUGAUGCUCAUGAAUGGCGUUGUAGAAUUGUUUCGUAGUCAUAUAUUUCUAUUUUCUUAUAAGGGCUAGUUUAUUUAAUAAGGAUGGCGAGUGUACCGACUCACUUACAUAAACCCUAAUCAAUUUUAUGCAAUUCCUUCAUAAGCUAGAAAAUGAGGAUACAAACACCUUUUAAAAUUAGAGAGAAUAGCGAAGACACUUCAUGAGAUAUGCAACCUAAUCUACCUGCCGGUGCAAAGCACUGAGCAGGCAUUAUCUAUCUAUAAAGUAUAUUAAAGCCUUGUACAAAUAAAACCCGCGACCAAAGGUGCAUAUCUUUUCCUGUCUUUUUGCACAACAUCCAAAGCUGACAUUGCUUACCCCAUGACAACAUGAUAUUGUUAUGCCAGGUUCACAAUAUCAUGUUGUCAUGUAGACUCCUAAUGCUGGAAAUGGUGCUUUUGAUUCAAGUUGGAAGGUCAACAAACCAUAUACUUGACUUGAAA